AGUAUAGCGGUGCGCCGGCGCAGUGGCGCUGUAAUCGUACGCUUAUCCGCCGCCAUUUUCACACAGUCCACGAGCUUUCCCGCAAACAGAUCAACAAGCAUCCCCCGCGGCGUUGAAGAUUCGAAACACGAGAGUGUCGCAAGCUGUGGUACUCUCCGCACGUGCUCAACUAACACACACCUAAAAAAGAAUAUAAGUUUUAGUAAUAAUUUUAAAAACAUAUAUACGCACUCCGAUGACGUUGAUUCAAAGAGUCAGCGACGUGAAGGCAGAAAAAAUGGAGAGUUUAUCUAAAGAAAAUAAUAAAUCCUUGAGACCUGUGAGGAACAGGCGUUACACACGGUAAAUGAAAAUUUACAGGAGAUGCUUAGUAGCGGGUCAGCGACCACAGAAGAGGCUUUUCACUCCAGAAAUAAAACGGUAUUUGAAAGAUUGGCUCGUGCGACGGAGAGACAAUCCCUAUCCCAACCGUGAAGAAAAAAAGCAUAUGUCGCGUGAAACUGGACUAACAUAUAUUCAAAUUUGUAACUGGUUUGCUAAUUGGCGUAGAAAGUUAAAAAAUGUUAACGCUGAUAGAAAUCAACUCACGUGGGGUCAUCUCAUUCGGACGUACAAUGACCGCGCACAGGGCAACGUUGAACAAUUUAGCAUCUGUUCUGAUGACAGUAUAUGGAGCGAGCCAGAUGGAACAAGUCCCGACCAUGAAACUCUAGUCAUAGAAACUAGGUUCGACGACAGCCUUGAAACGGAUAUAUGCAAACAGGACGACACAGACGGGUCUUCUACAUCGCAUGACAAAUACGAAAAGUUCAAUAACAAUUCGAACGAAAUAGAACGAUGCGAUAAGACAAAUUGUGAUAACAAAGCGAUAACUAGUCCAGUACUACUGAGCAAGUGGCUCGAAAGCGCAGCUAGGUUUCAACCGAGUGAGGCGAAUUACUCCUGGUGGGCGGAAGGUAGAAGACGAAAACAGGAACCAAAAAUACGAUUGGCAGUAAACACCGUACGACACGGUAGAGAUGAAGUGGAAGCCGCGGUAGCACUGACAGCCCUAGCAACGGCAAACAACCGCAUUACCGCGCCAUAAUUAUUAAGCUAAGACUAUACUCUCUACGCCAUUUUCUACUUAUAAAUCUUGCUCAACUUAUUUUAUGUCCAUUAAUAUAACUAGCUAUAUAGGUGCCGAUCUCUAAAACAUUAGAUUAAGUGAAACCGUACCAAAGAUUGUAUGUACUUAAUAUAUAUUAAAAUACAGUGUUGUUAAACAA